CUCAGGCCUAGCUCCACGGCUCGGUCGCCCAGUGGCCUGGGAACGCGGAGGCUCCGCCCACGAGCCUUUGUGCGCCUGCUCCUCCGCCUCGCCGCUAGGGAGGCUCAGGCGCUGUGAUGGAGGACGCUGCAACGGUGGGGCCGACUCAGGGGAUCACAGAAAACCGAGUUCGAUCGGCCACCGGUCGGGGAGGAGCCCUGGUGGAGCUCACCCCGACCCCCGGCGGCCUGGCCCUGGUGAGCCCCUACCACACCCACCGGGUCGGGGACCCCUUAGACCUCGUGGCGCUCGCAGAGCAGGUGCAGAAGGCUGAUGAGUUCACCCGAGCAAAUGCUACCAACAAGCUGACAGUCAUAGCUGAGCAAAUCCAACAUUUGCAAGAGCAAGCCAGAAAGGUAUUGGAAGAUGCUCGCAGAGAUGCUGACUUGCACCAUGUGGCUUGUAAUAUAGUGAAAAAACCUGGCAACAUUUACUACCUUUAUAGACGGGAGAGUGGUCAGCAGUAUUUUUCCAUAAUUUCUCCAAAGGAAUGGGGGGCAGGCUGCUCACAUGACUUCCUUGGUGCCUACAAGCUACAGCAUGACAUGUCCUGGACUCCGCAUGAGGACAUUGAGAAGCAAGAUGCUAAGAUCAGCAUAGUGGACAAGUUGCUAAGCCAACCAAUGGCCCUGCCUUUAAGCACUGAACCCAACUUCCAGGGACUAACUCACUGAACGUGGGUGCUGACAGACAGCUCUCAUGGCCAGGACUGGUCACUUCUUUGUUGUCCUCUUUCUCUGGCCUUCAUGGGUGGUGGCAUAACUGAGGCCAUGGAGGUGAAUCAUGAACUUCUUGGAAGGGGACCCUCUGGGAAUGUAAAUGCUGUUGUUACUAUUAUUUUGGUUGGGAUGGUAAGGAAUCACAUCAGUCUCUUGGGAACCUCUCUGGAUCAAAUACACAGCCCAUCAGUUUUAGAGUACUGGCCCAUGUGCUUUCCUCCUCUUCAGUCUCCGUCUAUUCUCCCCAUAAGUCAGAGCAAUAGAGAAAGAAGUUUCUUCUCACAGAAAGGUUGGCAAGUCAUUUUCCAGAGAGGAAUGUUUUAGUCUUUUUGUAACGAAGUGUGUGACAUUGGGGCUGAGGGUGUUAACUGUUAGUGUGACUCCAGCUACAGGCUCGCCCAGGAACAGGAAUGUUGGGUGGUAAAUGGGUGGGUGUGGCCAGACUUGAGUGUGGAUUCUGGUUUUGUGCCCUGUCGGUGAGGCUUGGCUGGCCCCUCUGCACUUUCUGUCUGGCUAGAGUGACUGGAGGCAGCAGCCAGGGACCAGAUUUUGGGAUGGUCAGCCUCUAAACUCACAGGAUUUUAGACUCGGAAGAGAUGUUGAAGGCUGCUGCUAACUGUUGCAUGAAUCCACUUGGUAGCCUUGCUGAGGAAAUCCAGAGUUCAGCCACCUGUGGCAGGAUGAAUCCAUUUAAAGGACCACUUUAUAAAGUAUUGUGGAAGAGAAUAGGGCAGUGGAUGAGAAACAAGAAAAACAGCCAACCUGUUGAUGAGUUAACUCAGACUGCACUCAUUUUGACCUGAAUUAUUCAAGAACUUAGCAGAGGCUUUUAGGCUGCGUCACUCUAGUUGUGAUUCUGACUGGAUGCCUUUGACGCUCCACCUCACUUCUGUUUGUUCAGUGGCAUUAACUACAUUCAUAGCAGAUCCAGCAGGGCUGUCUUUCCUUCAGGGCCAUAUAACCUGUCACAACAUGUUGUAAAAGGAGAGCUGUGCACUCAAAACCACAUUGCCCCAGUUCCUUUCUGGAGAUGGUUGUCCUUAAUGCUGAUCUGCUUGGUAUGCCUAAACCUAUCCUAGUGUUCAUGGCCUUGUCUUGUAAGCUGUGUGCCUUGUGAGCUGUAAAAGGUCAGUGAAGACCUAUCACAUGACAGGACUAGAACCUGACGAGGUUAUCCAGGUGAUACUUGGUCAUUCAGUCCACAGAGGGAUGCCCUGGGGAGUCAGCUGCAAAAGCCUCUGGGAUGCUGCAGGAGACACACACACACACAUAUAUUAGUGGUACAGGAGUUGAUCCUAGCUAUGCAAAGUUUCUCAGUUUUCAGAAGGUUCCAACUUGCACAGUAAUGAUACAUUUUGAGUAGGUGCUUUGUUAGGUGUUGCUGUAUAGAUUACUGCAAACUUAGUGGCUUAAAACAACACAUAUGUAUUAUUUCAUAGUUUCUAUGGCCCAGGAGUUCAGGCACACCUAGCUGGGUCCUCUGCUUCCAGGUGUUUUGCAAUCAGAUUUUCACUUGGGGCUGGGUUCUCAUCUGAGGGCUCUACUGGAGAAGGAUCUGCUUCAAGCUCACUUACAUUGUUGGCAGAAUUUCCGUUCCUCAAGGGUCGCUGGAUUAGUUGUUGAUGGUUUACUGACAGACUGUUAACCAGAGACUAUCCCUACUUCUUUGCUGUAUGGGUCUCCCCAACCUGGCAAUUUUGUUUAUGAAAGCCAACAAAGAGAGAGUUUGCUAGCAGGGUGGAAGUUAGUCUUAUGUGUACUUGAAACCAUGUUGCCCCAGUUCCUUUCUGGAGUCUAAUCAUGAGAAUGACAUUUCAUACCCUUGCUGUUUGUUGAUUAGAAGCAAGUCAUUAGGCCAGCCCAUACUCAAGGGAGGGAGUUACACAAAGGCAUGAAUACCAGAAACAGAAAUCAUUGAAUCAUUGAACAGAUCAUAGAAUCUGCCUGCUACAGCGCUCAGUUCAGGGGAAGAAAGGAAGGUCCUGCAUAAGAGGCAGUAAUACAAAGUGGUUAAGUAUGGUGGCAUUAAAAGUCAUGAAUCUGGACUUCAUUCUCAGCUCUCACAAAAUAGCCUCCAGUUGGCAUUCCUGCUUCCUCCUCUAUCCCCUCGCCAGUCCAUUCUAAAUACAGUCAUCAGCUUGAUCUUUGGAAAGUGCAAAUCCACUCUUGACAUUUCCUAACCAUGGAGCAGAAAAGAGUUGUGAUUGAAGAAAACUUCCUUCUAUUCGGUAAGGUGCGCUUCCCACACUUACCACUAGGUGUAGCCAUUGCUCUUCCCUGCUUAAUGCUGUAUUCUCAGCAAACAGGAAAGUUAACAGCAAUGCAAUGAUUUUGGAGGUAGCAUCUCAGUGGAGACUAGGACCUACUAUUGGUUAUAUACAUUAAGCAUUUUUUACUCACCCACCCAAUAAUUUCAUAAGUAUGAAGUGCUCUGGGUUCCAGUUCCUGGAGAAUAAGUAAGACAGGAUGCUCAGUCUAGCGGUGGAGAAACCAAGUCAACAAUGGCAAUAUGGUGUAAGAAGGGCUAUAAUAGAAGUAUUCAUGGAUUAUGGAAUACCAUGGAGGGUUUUCUAACUCAGCUUGGAGCAUUUGGGAAGACUUAGUGGAACUGACAUCUGCUUAGGUUUUGAAAAACAGGUUAGAGCUUGUUUGGAGGUUUCAACUGUUCUCUCUAUAGGAAGGUUGUCUUUGGAGUUUGCGAUAGGGUUCAUUUUUGGUUGGAGUUAUAUUUGUUAGUGAAGAAAGUAGUAUCACUUAGUAAGCCGUAUCAACCAUAGUAGUCCUGGCAAUCAGUAGGGGUGGCGUGAGACAUACCCUGGCUAGAAAACUCUUAACUUCCAACAGCUAGGAGACAGGUAGGUAAAGAAUGGGAGGAAAAGCAAUUCCAGACAGGAAGCAGUAUGAUAUUUGGGGAAUUGCAGCCAGUUUAAAGUGAAUGUGGGGACUAUGGGCAAAGCACUAAAGGGAAGAUUUUUGGGGUAGGGAGUUGGGAACAUUGGCCUUGUUAGAAACCUAAUUUUGGCUGAAAAGGAUGAGUGGGGGUUGGGGGCUGGUCUAGACAAGAUAGUGGAGGUCUGAACUAAGAUAGUGGUAUCAUUGAUUGUAAGGUAUUCUUUUUUUACCCCACAUUU